UGUUGUGUAAAGGAAUGUACUGGAAGAUCGAAGGAAACUCCCGCCCUGAAUACCCCCUUUGGUGCGGUCCUGUCCUAUGUCUUUUGCGAAUUCAGAUGUAUCCGAUUCUGGUGUUUAUAAAAGCCUCAUUAAUUUAACAGCAACAUGGCGGAAGCUAGCAACAUAGCGCAUGAUACACAGCUGGAAAUUUAUUGCGACGUGAUCGAUUUUAAAAUCAUUUCAAUCAAUAAAUCAACAUCAUAAGUCCAUACAUUCAGGAAGUUUGUGAUAUUAUUAUGGUGUCGAGGAGGCGUUUACUUCUGUUUCUUCUUUUUGUAUCAAGUUUUCUAAAAAGUUUUGGCAUUAACAUUUGUCCAACAAGAGAUACAACUCUAUCCAGUGGCUACAUUACAUCACCUAACUUUCCCAGUAAAUAUGAUGAUAACACAAAUUGUACCUUGACGAUACGAGCACCAUCUGGUUUUACCAUUCACUUCACAUUUACCAAACUUGCUCUUGAAGAAAACUGCCUUGAUUAUGUGAAUAUAUCUGGAAUUUCAUCAAAACGUUUCUGUAAUGAAAAUACACCUCUCGUAUUCAACCCGGGUGGCAAUGUUGUUACAGUUCAAAUGCAUUCGGAUUCCAGUAUUACACGUGAUGGCUUUCGUCUCCAAUUUGUGAGGAAGAGAAAUCUUGCAGAUUUUGGCAUUAACAUUUGUCCAACAAGAGAAAUAACUCUAUCCAGUGGUUACAUUACUUCACCUAAUUAUCCCAAUGAUUAUGAUAAUAACAUAAAUUGUACCUUAACGAUACGAGCACCAUCUGGUAUUUCCUUUCGUUUCACGUUUACCAAACUUGAUCUGGAAAGAGGAAUUUAUGGAAUCGAUGAAUGCCACGAUUAUGUAAAAAUAUCAGGAAUUUCAUCAAAGCGUUUUUGUUAUGAAAAUACACCUUCUGUCUUCAACCCUGGGGGCAAUGUCGUUACUGUUCAAAUGUAUUCGAAUUCCUUUUUAUCACGUAAUGGAUUUCGUCUCCAAUUAAUGGGAAAUUUUUCAGAUGCACAAGGAUGCAGCUUUGAAGAUGGACUGGGGACAAAAAAGUGUCCUUGGAGGAAUAUCAAUUAUGGUGGCCACGCUUAUGAUGAUUUUGACUGGACUGUGGGGUUCGGUUCGACUAAUUCUUACCAGGGGAAAUACGCUUACUUGGAGACAUCCUCACUAAGAAGAGGGGAAAGGGCCUGGCUAGUCAGUGAUUAUUUCAAGAAUUCGUUUACUUGUUUUCGAUUUUCAUACUAUGUAGACGACACAUCAGGAGGUUUGUUGAAAGUUUAUCAGCAGACUUAUGGAAGUGAAAAAAGAUUAAAAUGGACAGCGCUCCCAAAAAGUAGAGUGUUUAAAUGGUUUGAAGUUAGUAUAACCCUUCCACCUACUGGAGGUAAUUCAGGAUACAGGAUAAUUGUUGAAGGUAUCAAAGGAUCGGGUUAUAAUAUUGCUGUUGAUGAAUUUACAUUCGUGUGUUCCUCAACAGUUUGCCGUUCCGGCUCGUUAAUGACGUCAUGGCCAUGCAUGCGUAAUGAAGAAACGAGAGAUGAUUUUGACUGGUCAAUUGGCAGUGGCAUUUCACGAAACUUGAGUAGUGGUCUAAGCACAGACUCAAAAGGAUCAAUUUACGGAAACUAUUUUUUCAUUGAAACAUCCCCUCUCCGAAAGCAAGGAGACAAAGCAUGGUUGGUCAGUCGAAGUUUUUUCAACUCAAGAAAAUGUCUCACAUUUCAUUAUUAUAUGUAUGGCAACAAUAUUGGAUCCUUGAAUGUGUACAGACAAACUGAUGGACUUUUUCGAAAGUCAGUUUGGAGCAAAAGUGGUAAUCAUGGCAAUUCGUGGUUUAAAACACAAGUAUAUGUGGACGGCUUCUAUGAUAACACUAGGAUUAUUAUUGAAGGAGUCGGAGGAUCUGGUUUAACAGGAGUUAUAGCUGUGGAUAAUAUUGAACUUAAUGAUGGAUUUUGUAAUGUCCAGUUGAUAACUCGCUUGGACAGUCCUACAACAGUACCAACCCGGCAACGAACAACUUCAAACAAAUCACAUUCGACAGGAAACACUGCAAUUAUAUUGGGAGUAGUUGGUGCUGUUGUUUUUCUGCUUGUUAUUAGUAUGCUUAUCAUUCAUUACACACGACAGAAGAACAGACAAAGAAACUCAUCCAAUACAACCUCUCAACCCAGGAGAAUUCGGAAUCCUUUAUAUUCAACCACUCAACGCGAGAGUGUUCAAAUUACGACUUAUUCAACCACUCAACCCAGUCGUAUUCGGAAUCCUACUUAUUUAACAACUCAACCCAGCAGUAUUCGGAAUCCUACUUAUUCAACCACUCAACCCGAGAGUGUUCAAAUUACGACUUAUUCAACCACUCAACCCGAGAGUGUUCAAAUUACGACUUAUUCAACCACUCAACCCGAGAGUGUACAGAAUAAAAAUUAUUCAACCAAUCAACAAAGUACUUUGACAAGUUUACCGCCACCCAGUUAUGAAAGCGUGUGCGACUUACCACCAUCCUACUCACAUGCAGCUGGUGUUGCCAGUGUUGGUGACUAUGAAAACAUUGUACCAACUACAAAUUCAGGACAAAACGGACAUACGGUUCCGAUGAGCAAUAAUAUCUCCGGUGAUAAUCCCAAUCCAAAUUCAAAUCCUGAAGAGAUUGUAGGAGAUAUUAACGCAGAAGAAAAUGUUUACGAAACCCUACUACAAUAAGUGGUCUACUAUUGCCCACUACUAUCGCAGAAGUUGAAAAUGUUAACCCAGGAGAAAACGUUCACGAAUCCGAUGUAACAAUAAGCGGUCAUAAAUAAAAGUAAUUUUGAUUUUAUUAUGAAUUGUUAUAAAAAUAUGAAAAUGCAACUUAUUCUCAUUAAAUGCCCUCUAUGAAAUUGAAAACAGCUUCGGUUGAUAGAUUUGGCGACGAUAAAUAAACUUUUUCAAAUCGCU